GUUUAAGGGCUACUCAAACAAUUCUCUCAUACACAGACUGUGAACUAUUAAAGGGACAGCUCAGGCUUUAGCAGUGAAAACACGGAUGAUUAGGCUCUUCACCGGCGAAACUUAAUGAAAUAUACAUAGUCAUUUAAGAAUAUGUCCACUGCUUCAUCUCACUCUUCCAACAGGAAACUAAAGUUCAUACAGUUUUAUUAACCAAAGGGACACAAACGUACCACACAAGGCAGCAGUAGACCAGCAGCUCUUUGGUCCUCUUGAGCAAAAUGUGCUGAUUUUCUGUAUGGACUUUGGUGCAGGAGAGUGAUUGAUUUACAAACGUCAGCUUCCAGCAGGAAAAGGCUGUAUAAUGAGGAAACCUGGUAAAGGCGACAUGGAUUCCAAGUGACCAAGUUGUGGAGCUUCAGUCUCCAGCUGGAAAGUUUUGGCAGACGAUGGGUUUUUCUGCAAAUGGCAAACAGUAUCUCCUCCCUGAAGAGGCUCUGUACCUGAUGGAGUGUGGCAACCUGCAGGUGUUCUAUAAGGACUUGCCGCUCUCCAUUCAGGACGGUUAUGAGAGAUUUCUGUCCUCCAACACCGUGAGCCUCCUUCAGUAUCAGGUGUUCGGGCAUUUGAAGAGGCUUGGCUACGUGGUGCACAGGUUUGAUCCCAGCUCUCAACCGUCGACGUACGCGAGGCAGCUGAACCUGCCUCAGUCACAGGACAAAGCGGGGAGACCGCUAAAGAGGAAACGCAGUGUCAGCCCCACCCCCAUGCCAACAUCCAGUCGUACUGAAAAACAAGACUCCACCACUGAGAUGAUGGAAGUGGACAAGGACGAGAAGGAUGGAAAACCUCCCGGGUCUCACUUGACGACCUCUCCAGAGACUCUGGAGGUCCAGUGUUCCGCCACAAGUACAGCAGAUGAAGAUGGGGGUCGGACCUGGUGGGCGGGAGAUGUUCUCGAGUGCAAAGAAUCAAAUCAUAGCACCACCUCUACCUCCUCCUCCCGCUGGGACUUUAGCUCCAUCCCGUUCCCUGACCUGGGCUCUAGGGAGUCUCUGUCCGACAGCCUAACGUCUCCGGACCCCUCGCUGUUGCCGGGGGGUUUAGCUGUGGGAGUCUGUGACGUUGCCACCUGGAGGCAGAAAAUAAACCUGCGGAAGGUGGCGAUGUCCUCAAAGGAGCAGGGGAGGGAAGACGACAGACGGAGGCGGCGGGGGGACGUCAACAAAGACAGAGAGGUUCAGCAGUGCAGAAACUGGACAGAGUAUCAGGAGCUCAUGGCGCGGCGGCAGAGUAGAUGUGACGGUCGACCAGCACACUUGUGGAACAGAGAAGUCACUCCUUUACAUGACCCAAGACAGCCACUCCCCACCAGGGAACUGUUGGAAAAAAUCAGUGUGAUUAAGUCGACAAAUUUACUCGAGGGGGUGUCCAGGUUGAAAGAGUCGGACGAGUGGGGGAUUUGUUUCAGUGUUUACCAACCAGAUUCGGUGGCUGAAUUCAAGAAGAGCAACCCGGGGAAACCUUACUCCCACAUGUGUGUGUGCAGUUUCGACGGCCCCGUGCCCGACCUGCGAGCCAUCAAGCUGCUGGCGUCCCAGACGGGAGACGUCCCCGUAGUCUUCGCUGUGGUCGACUAUGGCGACAUCUCCUUUUACACCUUCAAAGACUUCCAGCUGCCACUGGACGUGUAUCCCUGACACGGAGGACUCGAAGCUGAAUCUGCAUCUGUUUGAAAAAAAAGUUUGUUUCCUAAAGGGUUACAUUCACAUCGUUGUGUCAUUUUUGGUGCCAAAGUUGGGAUCAAUGGCUCUGUGACGGGUGAAGCAAAAAUAUGACAUUUUUGCUGCAUGUUGUCUUAUGCAAAGUUCACUUGGACGUGAUUAGAUUUUGUGGUCGAAGGUUCCGCUGUUUGCCUUGUGAAUGUGCUUGCUUAAAGUGAUGGCACCGAAAUUAUCACUCAAUAAAAAGUACAUUGUC